GAAGCAGGCUCCCCGCAGAGCAGGGGGAGCCCGAUGUGGGACUCAAUCCCAGGACCCUGGGAUCAUGACCUGAGCCGAAGGCAGUCGCUUAACCAACUGAGCCACCCAGGUGCCCUGAAAUCAACCAAGAUCUUUAAAACAAACUAGCCUCAAGGGGGUGGGGGUGGCCUGGCUUUCUCCCUAGUCCUGGGCUGGUGAAGCGUUUGAGAUAGCCGUGUUCGAAGUGGAUGCUUUUGCAGUCAAAGCUUACAUCAGGUACUAGUAUUACAAAACAGAAAACAAGUGUCAGGGCUUUGCAUUAUGUAUGCUUGCUGUUUGGCAGUGUGACCUCCUUUUCAUUUAAUGCGAUGUCCUGGGUAUCAGUCAUUUCAUGUUGGUUCCUAGAGACCGAUUCUUGGUAAGUGGAUGUGUGGUAUUCAUUGUAAAGAUGGCCGUAACUUAUUUUUUUUUUUUAAGAUUUUAUUUAUUUAUUUGAGAGAGAGAGAAUGAGAGAGAGCAAGCACAUGAGAGGGGGGAGGGUCAGAGGGAGAAGCAGACUCCCCGCCGAGCAGGGAGCCCGAUGUGGGACUCGAUCCCGGGACUCCAGGAUCAUGACCUGAGCCGAGGGCAGGCGCUUAACCGACUGAGCCACCCAGGCGCCCGGGUCAGAAUACAGUCUUACCGUACUUCAGUACGUUCCCGUGCAGGGGCGUGUAGGCUGCCCCCUCGUCUGGCAGCCGCACGAAUACCCCGCUGAUGGAAUGUGCCGGUUCAUUCCAGUGACCUCUUAGGUAUUGGGGAGGGGCGGUGAAUGUCCUGUGUGCAAGCAGGUGAGUAUUACAGUGAUAGCAUUAAGUUCCGGAAACAUUGUGUCUUUUAAUUUUGAUAAAAUUUGCCAGAUGCCUAGAAGGCGUUUCAGAAACGACAUCCUUGAUCUUGCGCUUCUGAAGGGAGUUGAGGUCUGACUGCCGUCCACAGCCUUUCCUUCGCUGCUGGUGCGUUGGCCUCCGUGCCGUGGAGUCCCUGGGGAACACACUGCUCAGAAAGGAGGCUAAGGCAGCGUACGCCCACCAGCCCGAUACUCCCUCCAUAGAGCAAGUGAAACUGGUCUCAGCGACCCCCCAGGACCUCCUCUCUGGCCCUGCCUCUCCCCUGCAGGUCCUCCGGGCACAGGGUGCUCGGCCGGGCCGGGUUGGGCAGGCGGCCUUCCUCUCUGGUGGCUGGGUGCUACUGGCGGGUGCCCGGCCCGGCGCCGGCUAGACACAACAGCUGUGAUGCGGACCCGCCGGUGCUCCGAGGGCCCAGCGUCCAGGGGUGAGGGGGGUCCCGCAGGCUGGCGGGCUCACACGCGGUUCCGUGGGUGACUGCGUCUCUUUCGUGUCCCGUAGCCACGGGAGGACUUGUAGCUGGCCUGGCUGUCCCCGCGGCUCCGUGCCGUUCGUCGUGAGACGCUGUUUGCCGUGCCCCUGAGGCCUUUUUGUACGGGGAACGUGGAGCCCCUGCAAGGAGAAUACAUGGUCGUGGUCCCCCAGGGCUGGUUCCCGUUCCCGGCCCCGUGGCCCCUGGCAUCGCGGCGCCCGUCACCGUGCCGGGGAGCGGUCGGGAGGAGAGGCUAGGGGCCCCUCACUUCUGGUCCCUCAGUUACCAGGGAAGCCCUGGUUUCCUCUCGGAACACAGCAGAUCACGUACUUCAGCUUUCACACGUGGUUUCACAAAGUUGCGAUUCUGCGGCUUCCCCUUCGGCCACAACCCGUUUCUUUCCCUGAGCAGAUAGACCUCUCGGGAGACUUGUCCAUUUCCUCCCCGCUGGGCUUCCUCCCCCGCUCCCCCCGUCCUUGGGGACAUCCCCGGCGCGCCCCGGGCCCACCCAGCCAGGCCUCCGCGGACGGGCUGUGAGCUUGCGGGUUCCCCGAUCCCGGGCCCUACGCCCCCCAGGUCGGCGAAAUCCCUUCACGGUGCUAGUGAACGGUUAGGAGUUGGAGUUCUCGGCGGUGGUCAUGGCUCCUGGUGGUACUUUAACUCUUUCAGAAAACCCGUGACAACACCUGCUCCCCCCGGGAAGGCCUCACAGUUGACAGGAGCGAACGUCUGCCGACGAAAAUGAAACGUGUUCUGAGCGGCCGCUAGUCCUCACGGGGGCUUGGGGCUCACAGACUAACUCCGGCCACGCCGGCUGCUCCGUUGGUGGCAGCAGCAUGGUCCCAGCCACGGAGGGGAAGCAAGGCAAGUGUCCGGCCCCCAGAGGAGCCGGGCGCCGACACCCCUGCCCCGUGGACGAAGCCGGACACCGGAGACCGCACACCCGUGCCUCCAGCGAUGCGUGCCGAGCGCUGCGGGCCUCGCUGACCGGAGGUGCGCCGUGCGUGACGGGGCAGGGGCGAGGCCCUGCUCGCGGGCGCGGGGUUUCUUCCUGGGCCGAUGGAGACAUCCUGCAACGGGUUGUGAUGCUGCAGACUCUGCAAGUGCCCCGAACCCACUGACCGGUGCACUUGCCGUGGGUGAAGCGUUUGGCCCGUGAACUGCAUGCAGUGGGCGCCAGGCUAGCGUGUGGGGCUGUCAGAAGCUCUCGGGGCGUGGGCGCUUCCACGGAGCUGUCGUCACCCUCGUGCUACAGACAAGGAAACCGUGGCGCCGAGGCCGGGAGCUACGGCUGGUGACGAGGGGGACCGAAGCCCGCUUCCUUGUGGCGUGAGCCGUGGGAGGGACGGGCACUGCCGGACCUGCGGGCUCACCACCGCACCCCAAGCUUUCCAGGCUGCUCUCGCUGGGGGCCCGUCUCCCGCCCACCCCACGUGGGCCGCCCUGGCUGCCCUUGCGGCCCUCUCCCCUCUCGCCUGCACCCUCUGCUCCUCUCUGGCCUGGUUGUCACGGUUCGCCUUCCCCCACGUCUCCCUGGGGCCCCGCUCUUGGGGUCGCAAUGACAGGUCCCAGCACAAGGCUACCCUGACUCCCGCUCCACUGGCUCAGCCUCUGGCAGCAAUGCGGCUCCUGAACCCCACGGGCUGGCCGUUCAUGGCCUCCACAGCCCUCCUGCCAUGUCCUGUGGCCUCCUUCCCACCUGCAGCCUGCCAGCACUCAGCCCUCCCCUAUAGGUCCCUUGCCCCCAGCGGCCCAGGCGAGGGAGAGGGACAGUCACCUGGCACCUGGGCCUCCUCGCUGCUCCCAUACCCUUCUCUGGGCUGGGUACGGGCCUCCUUCCUCUCCCACUCUUCCGGAGCUCCCACCCCCCAGGCCUGCCUCAUGCAGGUUCUGUGGCCCCAGCAGGCUACUUCCCCAAGGCACACAGAUGGCUUUCCAACCCACCGGCUGCUUGUCACGCCCUUGGGACCUCAGCCCUGGCUAGGCCAGUCCCCUCAAUCCUCAGGUCUCCCAAGUGUGCAGCCUCUUGGUUUCCCCGAUUGGCCAAGCCUGGCUGACCCCAGGGCCUUUGCACUCGCUGCUGCUUCAGGCUUGCAUGCCUUCCCUCACUUCCUUCCCACACUGCUCAGAUGCUGCCUAAGCCUGAGGCCGCCGACUUACCCCACGUAAGCAGAGAAUCAGUCCUGACUCCGUGCUCUGCUUCUCCCCUGCAGCACGUGCCUGACCUGACAUGGUCUGUCUCCUUCUGUGGGGCUACACGUCCCUGAGGGUGGGGGGUUUGUCUGUUUUGCUCACUGUUGCAUCCCAGCAAACGUGGACACCCCAAGAAGGACGACCCAGGAGUGAGGGCAGGACGCGAAGCCAGGCCUGGACGUCCUGCAGAAAAGGGUCUUGGGCGGGGGGUUCACGGCCCCCCUUCCACUCGCCCUCGGCCCUGUGAGCAUCCCGUCCAUGCUCCAGCUGCCGGCGUCACCACCCUGCCCCCCGUGUGAUGUCAUGGGGCUUGUGUGACGUCACAGUGGACAAGGCGGGCCUGCUAUCGGCUCCAGACUCCACUGGUGGGAGCAGUGGAGGGAGGAGGUGCUGGUUUCUUGUUUGAUCCAAAGUUGUCCGCUUGGAGUGUGAGAGGGCUGCGCGGCUGAGGGGGCUUGGUUGGGGACAUGGUCGCCAGGUGAGAUCCAGGCCCGCGCUGCCUGGCCCCCUGUUCCUGCCCCCCCUGCCCAUGAGGUCCCACCUGUGCUAACCCGUUCUAUCCCCCAGGUUCCCUUGACCCCCUUGUCUGCCCUUCGACUGCUACAAUGAGAUACGCACCAGAGUUCAAAAAGUCCCCCUCGCACCUCCUGAAGAAAUUUGCAGUGUGUGACAUUCCUCUGUACGACGUCUGUGACUACAACGUCACCAGGGACCGCUGCAAGGAGCUCGGCUGCUGCUUUUAUAAGGACGUGUGCUACGAGAAAGCCGUCCCCGUCUAUGUGCAGCUGUUCUCUGCCUUGAUCGUGAUCAUCGCCGGGGCCUUCAUCAUCACUAUCAUUUACAGAGUCGUUCAAGAGAACAGGAGAGAAAAGGAAGCGCCCACGGGCAUACCUCUGUUUCCCAAGUCCAGCAAGACAGCGGAGGCAGCCCCAUCAGGCGAGCAGGCGGCCUCCCAGCCCGCGAGUAUGGAGCCCUUGGACAAGAGUGAGAUCAUCAGGGAGGAGGACGCUUCCUUGACAAUAAUGGAAGAGGAAGAGACUGAGGACUGAGGGCACGACGAAGCCGAAGUGAAGAUCGGCAGAGACGCCCACCUGGAAGGGCCCAGCCCGUGAGCUGCCGUGAAGUGUGUGAUGCAAAGAGCACAAUGAGAAAACAGUAAAGCAGGUUGGGCCCGUGACAGUCUGACGCUGUUCUCAGGAAAGGGAAGGACGCAGAAGAGGCCCAUGUGAUUGGAAAGCCAGCUGAGAUCUGAGGCGGCCGAGGACGAGGAUGAACCGUUCCCUGCACAAUGGCAUCGGGUGAAGGUUGUAUAUAAGGUGGCCUUAUUAAAGUGACAAGGCAAUUUAAUUCCUUUGUGCGCGAUGAUUCUACUUCAUUGAUUUACAAUGGGAAGGAUAUAAUUUUGCUAGUGUUGGCAAAAAGCUCAAAUGUCAGCCUUUUCAAAUUACCAUACUUGCCUUGUUCAGGAUGAAUAAUGAAUAAGUCACCUUUUGUCUACAGUUAAAUAUUCUUGAAUAAAUACAAAGAACAUAAAAGACAUAAAUGAUUGCCUGAUUUAUAUUUAAAAUAAAGAUCAACAUUGUGAUAAAUGGUUGAAAAUGCUGUGUGAGCAGCAAUAUGACUCUCCUGGCAAUUACAUUAUCAAUGAGGGAGCGGCCCAGGUGCAGGUGGUUGUUGGGGUGCCCACCCGCUUACCUGUGAAGCCGCGUCAAGCUGGGGGCCGGAGGUGCCUCGUGAGGGGAGCCCGGUCUCCUCAGCACCCCCACGUCCCGCAACCCCGGGGCCCAGGAAGGGCAGGGAGCCCUGGGCCCGAGGCCCUGGGCGUCAGGGAGGGCAGAGGCCUCGACGGAGGCUGAUUCAUGCUGCACUGAGGAUGGCCGUCCGUCUGUCACCUUUGGAAGGGGGUUUGUAAGAACCGCUGGACAAGAGUGGGAGAGCAGAUUCGUCCGAAAAAUCUGCCAGUCCGUGGUGAACAGCUGACAUGGUCAGGUUCUGUGCAGCUUUUGGAAAGGGGCAGACUGGGGAGGGCCUCUCAUGGUGAACACACAGGCCUACAUUACGCUCCAACGAAUAUGGCAACUUCUACUUCAACAUGAAAACAAUAUCUGAUUUUUAUUAAAAAUGUGUGUAUAUGUGGAUUAGAUUAACUUUCUCCAGUUUUCUGAAGAAACAAAACCAACAGUAUGUGUGUCUACAGUGGAAUAGAAGUAUAUGCAUACAUCUGUGUGUUUGAGAGACGUUUAUCUUAAGGAAUUGGCUCAUUGCGUUGUGGGGCUGGUACAUCUCAAAUGCACAGGGUAGGCUGGAGACCCAGGGGAGAGCUGGUGCUUUGGUUCACGUCCAAAGGCCGUCGGGGACAGAGUUCUCUCCCCCUGGGGGGACUUCCAUCUUUUUCUUUAAGGCCUUCAACUGAUUGGAUGAGGCCCACCCACACAAUGGAGGGUCAUUUCCUUCACUCAAAGUCUACCAAUUUAAAUAUUAUUUGCAUCUAAAAAAUAACUUUGAGACUUCCAGACUGAUUUUGACCAAACAUCUGGGCACUGUGGUCUAGCCAAAUCAACAUAUUAAAUUAUCACCGUAUAUAUAUAUGUAUAUAUAUAUAUAUGAUUGAAAUAAAAUACAUCA